CUGCAAAUUACAGAGCAGUACACGACGGCUAUUAUAGUGGCACAAUGUCCUGCGCGCAUCAGUCGAUCACUCGCGUCAUUGCUGUUUUUGCGUUCGCGCGUUCCUUGUAAUAAUAACAAUAAUUACAAUUAUACUAUUGUCGCUGUUUAAACACAUUUCGGCCCCGCCGACGCGAUUAUUGUCAUAUUGUCGUAUCGUCGUCUCUGCGCCAUCGCUCAUCGCCAAUAACAAUAUACCGCACCGCAAUAGUAUUAUAUAUAUAUAUAUAACGACACACACUACGUCGGUUUGCGGAGACGAAGGUGUUUCGCGGUGCACACCAACCCUUUUCCCGAGGUCCUACACCCCGUCGUCCACCCCGUCGGGAUACGCGUGUGAGGCUUUUGAACCGUUUUCGCGCGUACGACAUCGCGACUAACAUGACCGCGUCGGUGGUGACGCGCGACGAAGCGCCGGCCGAAAACCAGCAGACGGUCGUGGCCCGUCCCUCGUCGGCGGUAGUCGUGAGGAGCGCGUACAAACAGUACGGUCAGACGGCCAUACUCAAAGACUUGAACCUGACCAUACCGACCGGGAAAAUAUAUGGGCUAUUGGGACCUAGCGGCUGUGGAAAAACAACUUUACUGAGUUGUAUCGUCGGUCGUUUACAUUUAGAUUCCGGAGAGAUAAAACUCAAAGGCAAACACAUUUCCGACAUCGGAUAUAUGCCACAAGAAUUAGCACUUCACAACGAAUUGUCCAUAAAAGAAACGUUUACGUACUAUGGUUACAUAUUUAAUUUAUCAAAUGAUGUCAUCGAAACAAGAGGCCGAGAACUAAAGGAGCUCUUGAAAUUGCCAUCGUAUAGUCUAAGUCUAAACGAGAUUAGUGGUGGUCAACAAAGAAGAGUGUCCCUUGCAGUAGCAAUGCUUCAUGACCCAAAGUUGUUGAUUUUAGACGAACCUACAGUUGGCUUGGAUCCUUUGAUAAGCCAAAGCAUUUGGGAACUUCUAUUGGAUUUGACAUCGAAUGGAGGUAAAACAGUGAUAAUCACCACGCACUAUAUCGAAGAAGCAAAACAGUCACAAAUGAUUGGUCUGAUGAGGAAAGGCACACUACUUUCCGAAGCAACGCCAACAGAACUAUUGACUUCGUGCAAUUGUUCAUAUUUGGAGGAAGCGUUUUUGAAGAUUUGCCAAAACCAAGUAGCUAAGACAAACAGUUUCAAAAUACCAGUAAAACAACCUACAAGAAGGUUUUCUUACGCCCGAGAUUUGCCCCCACCGCCGUUGUUAAACAACACAUUAUUUACGUUUGGUCGUUUCAAAGCUCAGGUGUGUAAAAACAUUUACCUGCUGAGAAGAAAUAUACCGUUUACACUAUUUGUGAUCUUCUUACCGCUGAUACAAACAGUAUUAUUCAAUAUUGCAUGUGGCCAUGAUCCAAAACAUUUGACUUUGGGUGUAUUAAAUGAAGAGUCUGUGAACAAAAUUGGUACAUGUUCGUUGAUGCAGACGAAAAAUUGUUUUUUGGAUGGUGGCGUGCCGGUCAGUUGUUUGUUACUGGAAAGAUUAAAAGAAAAGACUUUCGAAUUGGUUGAAUAUCCCAGCGCGGAAGACGGCCAGUAUGCAGUGUCGGAAAACAAGGUCUGGGGAUUUCUUCAUUUUUCGAAAAAUUUCAGCACUAAUUUAGCAACCCGUUUUAAUGAAGGAGGAGAUAUCUCCGACGACAACAUAUUCGACAUGGGAUCGGUCCAAGCAUGGAUUGACAAUACAAACAAGUAUAUGUACGACAUGAUUAAAAGAGAUAUUUACGACAGUUACACAGACGUAAUUGAUGGUCUUUUCGGAAAAUGUAAUAUAUCAGAAAGAAUCGGCAACUCGCCAGUUCGGAUCCUCGACCCUGUUUACGGACACAAAAAUCCAAGUUUCAUACAUUACGCGUCGCCUGCAAUAAUAGCACUAUGUGCAUUUUAUCUUCCUGCGAUAUACACAGGAUCUACGAUUAUUUCUGAAAAAGAAGGAGGUGUCAUCGAGAGAGUAGUCUUAUCAGGAAUGAACUUCAUUGAAAUCGCCUUGGCCCAAGUACUGGUGCAGACGGUAUUUAUUUUCAUUCAAACUACCCUGGUGAUGCUCGUCAUGUUUGUUAUAUUCGACAACCCAUUCGUUGGCGACAUAUUUCCGUCAUUUUUGCUAUUAACGUUGAUUGGAUGCGGUGGAAUGUGUUUCGGUUUUUUCACGGCCAUUAUUUGUAGGACGACGACGGAAGCGGCGUUUUUAGGAAUCGGAACGAAUUUCCUAUUGAAAUUUUUAUGCGGACUUAUGUGGCCCACUGAGGGUAUCCAUUACCUGUUGCGCAGCGUUAGCGUCUACAUGCCGCUGACGAUGUCCACCGAAAGUCUGCGGUCGCUGACCGCCAAAGGCCUGGGCCUCCAGCAUCCUUCCGUGUAUCUUGGAUUCAUGUCGAUCUUCUCUUGGAUACUCGUCUUCACACUAGUGUCGUUCAUAAUGCUGAAACUCAAACGUGACGUAUGGACGAAAAGUUAAUAUGCGCGUGAUUCACAUAAUAAUAUUGAAAUUUAAAAAAAUACCUACCAAAUAAUUAGGUAUAUCGUAUUUUAUUGUUUUUGUUUUUGUUGGAAACCGCCAAUAGACCACGAUCGUACCUAUAAACUAUAAAUAAAUUAAUAUAUUAUUUUUAUUUAUAAUAUAUAAGCCAUGUGUAAUAGCUGUAACGUUUUAAACGAUAUUUUUAUUUAUAUUUAUAAAUAUAAUAUAAUAUGUAUAAAAAACAUAAUUCAUUUUGAUGAAAUUAUAUCAUAUUGUAUUAAUAUGUUAGAUAAUUAUUAUUUAAUUGCUGUACAUCAGUAUCUAGCAAAACAAAUUUUUUUUUGUAAUAAAAUUUUGUACAUAAAAAAAAAUACUUAUAAGCGCAGAUUGUAUGAAAAUACUUUAUUUAUUUCAUAUUUACAUGUAAUAUGAAUAUUAAUUGUUUAUAAAAUCAGUAAAAAUAUGAAUGGAAAAACAGUAUUAUUAUAUAUAAUAUGAUCGUAUAUGAUUAUCAUUAAAAAUAAACAGUGUAAUUUUUAUAUCAUGAACCACUCGUUAUUUUAAAACUUUAACAUUUUUGAAAUAUUUUUAAAUACGUUUUAGUGAGUUGAGUACUUGAGUGGAAUGGUACGGGGAUACUCCGGUCUACUAUUCCGUUUGUCCAAACUUUUAAUACUUAUAAAGUUAUAACUCAUAACUACUCGUCCGAAUUUUGAUUUUUAAAAAUUUAAAUAUUCUGCUUCAGACUAUAAAAUUAAAAAAUUAUGUUGUCAUUCGAAUAAGUAAAAAUGUUUUUAUAAAAAUGUAACGAUAAUAUAGGUAAGGUAAUAUUAGGUACUUAUGUAUAUUAUUUUCUAAAAUAUUUGUUUUAUUUUGACUGUAAAUUAGAUAAAAAAAAUGUUUUCAAAAAUGUUAAUAGCUUUCGAAUAAUGAGUGAUUCAUGUUAAAACAAUCAUCAUCUUGUAUAGGUUAAAAAUGAAAUUUUCAUAAAUUGAAACUUAAACGUUUAUUUAUUUUAUAAUAUUAAAAUUUAUAUUAUUAAAUAGAUAUUAAUAUA